UUGGUCUGGAGGGGAGGGGACCCGCCGCCAUCUCAGGUCUCCGCCUGGCUGGGGCCCACCGGAGAGAGCUGACGCCCAGGUCCUAGAAUCCUUAUGGGGGACCAACCUUGUCCCUCCGGGAGAUCCACGCUCCCGUCUGCAAACACGCGGGAAAGCAAGCCUCCGAGAAAGCGCUGCCUCUUAGCUCCACGGUGGGAUUAUCCAGAAGGGACCCCAAACAGAGGUACCCCUCUCCCCUCCGCACCUCCUCCGGCAUCUCCCGGCCUGAAGUCGCAUCCUCUUCCUCCGGAGAAGUCGUAGAAUAGACUUCUCCCACCCUAAGCCAGUUUUGGAGGGAUUGCAGUAGGACUCCAUUUUCAUGCUGCGUUCAUAAAAUAGUUUAUCCAAUGACAACAAUGAGGGUUGUUGACAACGCUACCCUGAUUUUUCUGUUCUUCUGCACUGGAAUGGAAAGUUGUGAUUUUUUUAAGUUAAUGGUUUUGCUGGCGAUACUUUGAAACUGGGUAAAUAUCCUGUUUCUCAACAAACUAAAAUCCACUGAUUUGACAGCCUCUGACAAAUCUUGACUGACUCAGUUUUUACUGUGAUGACUGCAAAAUGAAAAUUUUCUGCCAACAAAAGUGAAUGCAUUGACUUAUUUCUGAAGUUAACAGCAGGAUCUAUAAUUAGCAGAAAACAUGAGCUUUAUAUCCCCAAACAUUUUUCUUCACCAGUUGUUUUAAAUAAAAUUUUAACUUUCAGACAUUCUUUGGGUUGAUCCAUCAAUUGUUUAUUUUGCUACAUAUCUCUCUUUAUAAGUAUAUACACACACUCACUUUGUUUUUGCUUAACCAUUUGGAAGUAACUUGCAGAUAUCAUGGCACUUCAGCUCUAAACACUUAAGUGUUUAUCUCCUAAAAACAGGGGCAUUACUAUUGUCACUCAGAGAAAUUGGACAGUAAUUCAACACUGUUAUCCAAUAUACUGUUUAUAUCAAAGUUCCCCAAUUGUCCUAACAAUUUCCUUUGUCUUUUAUUUUGAUCCAGGAUUUACUCAAGCAGCAUGCACUGUAUGUAGUUGUCAUACCCCUUUUAGUUUCUUUUAAUCUAGUAUAGAAGCUUACUAUCUUUUUCUUUUCAUUUUUUAUAACAUUGGCAUUUCUGAUGAAUCCAGAUGAUUGUGCUGCCUAUGUUCCACAGUCUGAACUUGUCUGUUUUCCUGUAAUUAAUUUAAGCAUUUUCAGCAAGAAGACUCCAUAGGUGAUGCUGUGGUCCUUGUUAUUGAAUUGCAUAAGAAGGCACAAAAUGCCAGUUUUGUCCCAUUCAUCAUCAUCAUCAUCAUCAUCAUCAUCAUCAAUAGUAGUAGUAGUAGUAGCAUUAGUAGCAGUAGCGGUAGUAGUAGUAUUUUUAUUUUUAAAAGGUCUCACAUUUAUUACUGAACCAACCUACUAUUGCAGGGAGAAAGAUAAUGCUUCCAAUAAUUUUCCAAUUAAAGUGCCCAACUGUCCAGACAGAGUGAUCUUUUCAGUCAUUUAAAGGUGCAGGCAACUUGGAUACCACAUAAAUAUGUGAGCUGUCUCUCAUGUGGGAUUCUUUAUAGACCCAGUUUGAUUCUUCUCCGAUGGCUCCUCUUGUAGUUGUACCCGAAUUCAUUACCAGUUUUCAUCCGAAUCUACUGGGGAAUGGGCCGAUUCUGCUUUUGUUUCUUGGCCAGGAACCUCUUGAUCCCAAAAGUCUCGUGAGAAGAUGUGGUGAAGGAGAAUCAACCGCAUGCACCACAAUGGCAGAGAAAGCGAGGAGGAAGCGGAAGGAUGUAUUGAGUGGCAGUCUGUCCCAUUCACUAUUGAUAAUACUAAUGUUGUUGACUUUUUAAUGAGCAGUUUUAAGUUCACAGCAAAAUUGAGAGGAAGUUACAGAGUUUUCUCAUCUUCCCCCUGCCUGUACACAUGCAUAGCCUACUCUAUAAUCAAUAUUGCCUUCCAGGGUGGCACAAAUGAUGUCACAAUGAAUGAGACCAAAUUGACAGGCAAUCACCCAAAGUCCAUAGUUACAUUACUAGUAUUGUUCACUCUUGAUGUAAUAUAUUCGAUGGGUAACAACAGAAUAUAAUGACUUAUUCAUAAUUAUAAUAUCAUACAGAGUAUUUCACUUCCUUGAAAAUUCUCUAUGCUCUGCCUAUUCAUCCCUCUCCUCUCAACCCCUGGAAGCCACUGAU